AUGGACAACAGAAAAAGGACAGCAGGUUCCUCCAGUUUUAGGAGCUUGGUUUUUUGGUCCUCUUCAUUCUCACGGCAACCAGCAAGAGUAUUGAUUGUGGAGGCGUUGCCUCCAUGGUGGUCAGAGAUUUGCAAAGUGCUUUGUGAUGCCCUGGACAACUUCCUGUCACUGGCGUGUAGUCUGGAUGGACCUUGUAGAAUACCACUACUCAGCCUGUAUGCCAUCAGCCGGCAGCAGGAGUGUCUACUGCCAUUUGCGCAAGUUCGUGGUAACUUGGCCAGGCUGCAUUCCUGCGUGGAGGAGCUGAGGUCUAUUCCAGGUGAAGGCUGCAUCAUAGGAGCAGCCAGAGGAAGUGAUCUGCUGCAUCAGACAGUGCUGGACAGUCUGCAGCAGUUUAAACAGUACAUGAGACACGCUGGUAGCAGCCAGGCUUGCAACAAUGCAUCAGUGGAGGUGACUGUGGUGACCAGCCAGCCGGGGCGCAGCGUUGUGCAUCAGUUGGAGACGAGGCUCAAAGAUGCCGAUCUGGUGUCACUGAGGCGGUUGCUGGUUGUUCAGGUCUGUGGAGCAGCUGACUCGGGCCAAGACACGCCAUCGCCCGAAGACACACAAGCUGAAGACUCGCUGAUGCUGGGCACUGAGGUCGACCUGCAGCAGGUGGAGAACACCGUCUUGGCCGUAGAGACUGUGUUUAAGUCUUGGCUUCAGGAGCAGGGAGGAGACGGAGAGCAACUCCAUCUGCUGCUCCCAAGCUCCUCUGAUAACCCCAUUCCAGUGUGUGUGAAGUGUGAUACCCAGGAGCGCCUGAUAAGCCCAGCCCUCAUCCCCCUGACACCCAGCCUUGGAGUGAAGACUGAAAGCAUUCGAGACUUUCUUCCAGUCUUUAACAGCUCAUCCAAUCAGAGCCCUGCACCGCAGAAACUGAGAGUAAUCAAGGUGCUUCGUGCAGAAGCAGUGUGCGAGAGCGUGCUGUAUGGUCUGCCGUUGCUCAUCCGUCCCACCACCUGCUGGAAGCUGGACUGGGAUGAGAUGGAGAGCAACCACAGCUUGUUCCACGCUCUCUGUCACACACUCAGGAGUCGUGACUUGUUCCUUCUGCUGCAGCUGGAGCCCGAUCAGAGACCCCCAGCUGGAAGCUCAGGAGUGCGUUCUUUCUAUAUGCUCCAGCCAUGCCCUUCUCUCUCCCUCCUCCUGAAGCCCGUGGUCUCCAGAGAGCUGCUGCUGCCCUGCUCAAUGCCUGCCGCAGCUCAGGCCCCAUCACCUCAUGCCAUGCAGACUAUAGAGGGCUGCCUCGCUCAACUGGAUGAGGAAUUUGUGUUAAAUCCUGUUUCCCUGAGCAGCUACCUGUACCAGCACCUCACAAACAAGGGCCUCGUCUCACAGCAACGAUACCCAUACAGGCUCCAGUCAUCAGCUGCCCAUAAAGACUGGCCUCAGGCACUAGAGGGCCCCAGAAACACAGUCAGCCGCAAGCAACGGCAGGGUCGCCCCGUUGGGUCCAGCAGCAAGGUCAGGGCCACCGUGGCUCCAAUGCCCUCCUCCACCUCUCCAUCCUCCUCCUCCUCCUCCCUUCUGGGGCCGCCUCCUGCAAAAGCCUUGCGUCCUGCUCUGAGCUUCCUCAGCAGCCGCAGGGCCCCAGCACCGACUCAGCAGCAGGAAGCCGACGAUGACGACAACUCCAUGACAAUGCAGUAA